AUGGCGAUAAUAAAUGGAUACGAACGAUGCCAUAUAUUAAGUUCAGAAGAAAUACGAAGUAAAGUUAAGAAGUGGAGCUUUAAGGCUUAGAAAAUGUCGAGUUAUUUUACAAAGAGACGCAAGCACGAUUGGGUGAUCCCAAGAAAGGCGUUGUGCAUUAUGUUUUGGGUGGGGGUCGUCCUGCUGUUCAUUGGGAUUAUCCUAGUCGUGACAGGGCAACAUAAAGAUCCAAUGAUCUUCCGGCCCUGGGGAAGUGUUUUGAUCGGCCUUGGAUUCUGUCUUCUGCUCAUCUGUCUUAUUCUAUGCAUUCACGCCUAUUGGAUCAUCGCUGAAGAGGCCAGGGUCAUACAGGGGAAAUCUGUUGAAGGAACUCCAUUGAAAGAGGAACCACAAAAAGGCUUCGGAGAAUAUCCACCAAGCCAUGCGCAUGCGCCCUGGUUACAUCAUAAAUCUAGUCAAGAAAAUAACAACGCGAACGCUGGUGUCACUGGUGUCCAGAAUGAACAACAUACGCAGAACCAAGUUCCUUACAAUCAAUAUGGUACGUCGGGCUACGGUGGUAUGAGCGGGAAUACAGGGUCACAGGGAACUGGAUUUAAUACAAAUCUCGACCACCUAGACACUGUCCCUACCCAGGAAACCAAAUCACGCGGUAACCCAAACCUAACUCCACUUUACAUCUCAAAUCAAACUCAACAGAAUUAUCAAACUGUUCAACGACAAGAACACCACACAGAAUACAGCUCCAGUAGUAUGGGUAGACAUGAUGGACAUGUCACCAUGGCAACAACCGGUGCUGCUGAUUUAGCCGGAAGUGGGACAUAUCCUAUACGGUAUCCAAGGGAGAGUACACCCGUUCGAAAUGGAAUACUGAAAGUACCAGGUAGUCCCGCAGCAGUUAGGCAUAGUACAAGUGGUACAAAACCUGGACAAGUUAUUAUUGUGGAUAACCCUGCAAAGGGAAAUCAAGAGUUUGAAGGUCACGUGACCAUUACGUCAUCGACACAGUCAACGACCUCUGGUGCCCAACAGAGACCAGUUUUUGAUGACACCGAUUUUGAUAAUCUCUUCCAUCGAGAGAGGAGAAACUCUGACUCAAUGCAAAGUCCAGUGAUAGAAAACACUCUGCAAAAAUCUCAAGUUAGCCCGAAUUUUGUUGGACCAGACUUGGGAUCCAGUACGCCAACCGUCUUCCUUCCGCCAGAAAUCACGAAUAUUAGUGCCUCAAAGUAUAGUAUUUACGACAAUGUCAAUUAUGUGAAAACUCUGCCUGACGAGGAGGAAGAAUAAACACAAUAGUAGGUAAUAGGGUUAAAUAUAUAGAUACAACACCCCAUUAAACUAAUAAAGCGUGGUUUGAUUGACAUAGCUACAUUUAUUCCAAGGUGGACGCCGGGCAAUUUGACAUACUCAAAAUAAUCAAGUGCCAGAAUAAUUUCAUUUCAUUUUAUCAAAAUUUGGAACGAAUUAAAACAACUCUACAAGUUGAACGGGAUUGACAUAGGUACGCUAGCAGGCUGCAGCCUACACACAAUUCGCAGGCUUUUGGGAACUUUGAUUUCCAAUGGAAAGUAACGGAACUACUGUUAAUGAAAUAGAACGCGAUGGUAGGAAGCGAGAAACUCAAUUAAAAGAAACAACAAGUUAGGAUAUUUAACCUCUUCAUUGGUCAAGCCGGGAUUCAAAAACAGAAAAGUCAAAAUUGAAGAGGCGAGGCAACCAAAAGCGCAUAUUGUUAUACUCGUAAGAAACAUUACACCAUAGGUUCA